GGUUCCCGUCUUAAUAAGUUGUUGUUCCUUGUUGUUUAUAAUUAGAAGGAUGGAGGAGGGUCUUGUUAAAGAUAUUUCUAAUGGCUUAGAAAACGUCCCUAUCUGUGUUGAUGUUGGCCCGAACGAAGAUUUACCCCAAAAAUUUCACUAUAUCAGAUGCUGUAUAAGUGGACCAGGAGUUACUUUACCAGAAGGACCUCUCUACCCAGGAUGUGAGUGUAAAGAUGAAUGCAGUGUUAAUGCAAACUGUUCAUGUAUUGGAAAAUUUGGACCUGCCUAUGAAACAAAGAAUGACACCCUAGUGAUGGCUAAUAGUACUACACAGGUCAACAAUGGAGUGAGUCAACCAGUAUUUGAAUGCAAUUCAUCUUGCUCUUGUUCACUCUUCUGUGGUAAUCGACUUAUACAGAAUGGAAUAACAACAAGACUACAAGUUUUCAAAACAGGUGAAAAGGAUUGGGGACUAAGAACUCUUGAUAACAUCCAGAAAGGACACUUUGUGUGUGAAUAUGCUGGAGAAAUUAUCUCUUAUGACGAAGCAAAGAAAAGAACACUAACACAAAAAGGAAAUAAUUAUAUCAUAGUAAUCAGGGAGCACAUCAGUGGAAAUCAAAUACUGCGCACACAUGUUGAUCCCAAAUAUCAUGGCAAUGCUGGACGGUUUAUCAAUCAUUCUUGUGAUCCUAAUUUAGUAAUGAUUCCAGUUCGGAUUGAUUCUUUGAUUCCUAUUCUUGCAUUGUUUUCGCUGAAGGAUAUCCCACAAGGAAUUGAGCUUACUUUUGAUUAUUCAGGUGGAGAUUCUGCAUCAGAAAAUAAACAAUUUAUUGGCCAAAACUCCCGUCCUGAUAUGACAAGAAUUUGUCACUGCAAGACCACAAAGUGUACUGGCUAUUUGCCAUGCAAUUCAUCUCUCUUUUAAAUUUUUAAUUCUAUCUAUAUGCAGGGAAGUAGUGAGGGGGGCCAAGGGGGCCCAGCCCCUCCAAUCCUCAUAUGCUGUAGAAACCUAAAAACCUAUUGUAGUCACGAGAUAAGUUUUAUUUAUCGAUGUUCUGAAAAUGGGUUUUUUGCCCCCCACCCCAAAGCAAAAUCCUGGCUAUGCUCCUGAUAUGUAGUCUCCUUCGCAUCCGUUUUUAGUGUCGGGGAGCGUUGCGUGACGACCGACACUAAAAACGGGUGAGAGGGAGACUACCUGAUAUGAAAAAUUAAAACUGAUCAUGAAAUAUAUAUCACAGGUAUAGGUUGAAUUGAUUGAAAAAGGUCUUAAAAUUUUUAUAAAUCUUUGAAAACUUAAUUUUAUUCUUUUUCCUCGUACCUCUUUUAAAAUUUUAUUUUGUGGCUUGGUUUGUCAACUUUGUUACUCGCUUGGUCAUUCCGCAAGCCCAAAUAUUGCAUUUUUUUCACUCUCAAGUAGCUAAUUUAAUGUACUACCAAAGUUAAUAUGUAAACCCAGGAAAGAGAGGUCUCCCUUAUCCCAUCCCUUCCCCCGCUAUUGCACAACUCCUUCUUUGUGGCCUUUUAAGACAUAAUCGUUUUUAAAAGGCUUUAUAAGAUGAAAAAGAUUCUAUUGAUUAUUUUACUUGUAAACAGAAAACUUUUCCUUUAAAAUAAGUUCAAGAGCUCUAUACCAUUUAAGUUGUUAUUUGGGCUUCCUGUGGCAUAAAGAUUACAGCAUGGUGCGGUCAAAGGCAACAUAUGUCAUUUAAUAUUUCUAAGUGUUGGAAUUUUUUUCUAAAAUACCCUUCAAAACCCGCUGAAACAGCAUACAGGAGUUACAAAUUUACACAACAUAUAAGUCGACAAACUUUUAUUCACGCUUUUCCUAAUAAAAUACAGCAUAUCACAGGCAGCCCAAACAAGGUUCCUGUGUCUGGUUUAUCUGUUUAUAAGGGAAUGUAUGGGAGUUAUGAUAAAGUCAUGACAAUAAAAUGUUUCACUCAA